AGUGCUUGUCUUGCAAGUGAUUUUGGGGAAAGGAAGGAAGGAAAAAUGGAGAGAAGGAUUGAGCACUACGGUAGCUCACAAAAGAUACUGCUGGUUGGGGAAGGCGACUUCUCAUUCUCUGUUUGCUUGGCUCGAGCUUUUCGCCGCGCGACUAACAUGGUGGCUACUUCUCUCGAUUCCAGAGAAUCUCUGAGGGAAAAGCAUUGGAGCUGUGCGUCACACUUGAAUCAGUUGAAGCAGAGAGGAUGCCUUGUGUUGCAUGAUGUGGAUGUGCAUGACAUGGACCAGCAUUACAUCCUGAGAAGGAUGAAGUUUGAUGUUAUCAUCUUCAACUUUCCUCAUGCUGGGCAUUACCCUGGGCUCCGUGAGAGUCAUCAUCAGCUCAUUGAGAUGCACAAGCAAUUGCUCAGUGGGUUUUUUGCAAGUGCCCGAGUGAUGCUUCGCUUUGGUGGUGAAGUUCAUGUGACAGCCAGGGAUGACUACCCGUAUAACACAUGGGAUGUGGAGGAACUUGCUGCUGAAGAAGGCCUGAUUUUGACAGAGAGAGUGUGGUUUGACAAGUCUGACUACCCUGGCUAUCACAAUAAGAGAGGCGGUGGCAUUAACAGCAACAAGAAAUUUCCACUGAGAGACAGCUACACGUUCAAGUUUAUGAUUAACUAUUAG